CGAUGCCCGGAUGCUACGACCGAUAGGAGCACGGAGAAAGAGAACCGUCGGCGAGCAAUUUACGCAGAGAGCACGGAUGCACAUCACUACGUGCGUGCCACAUACAGACACACUUACCACAAAAGAACCUGCCCAGCUUGCCCUCGUGGUGGGUGACGCACCGACCUGCUUAACAUACAUGUACCUUGCGUCUCUCUUGUAUAGCAAAGCCUCGCACACUAACGGAAUUCUGGUUCUGGCAACAAUGGCGGACGCUUAUUUUCUCGGCCGUGUUUCUCUUGUUUUUGUCGUUCUUGUAGCUGUAAGUGCUCGUGGUUUGUAUCCUGGUCUUAACUACUACUAUGCCCUUUACGGCGACUACCCAGAAUACUUCGAUGCCUCCUCGUCAUCUGAUGUCCCCGAGGAAGGACUACCGUAUGUUGAUGACAAUGGGAGGUUCGAAUACAACCUGACCAUGCCCGGAGUUAGACCUCCUAAGCCGGAUACUUACUACUGCUAUUCAAUGCCCUUGUCAGAUGAGGUACCGGUCUUCAUUGUUGGUUACCAGCCUUUGGCGCAGAAGAUGACCGCCCACCACAUGAUACUGUUUGGAUGCGCUGUGCCAGGGGGUACGGACACCGUGUGGAACUGCGGGGAGAUGGCGGGAACUGGGGAUAACCCACCUUGUCUGAUGGGGGAGAAGAUUCAAUAUGCCUGGGCAAUGGACGCACCGCCACUCAAGCUACCCAAUGAUGUCGGUUUCGAGGUUGGAGGAAACACAGGUAUUAACUACCUCGUUCUGCAGGUGCAUUACAAUAACGUAGACAAAUUCAAAGAUGGAACACAGGACUUUUCAGGAAUCGGAUUACAGAUGACAUUCCGUCCGCAAGACCAUCUGGCUGGUGUGUACUUCAUGGUGACCAACGACGGAGAGAUCAAAGCAAACACAGAGACCAAAUUGGAGGCAGCAUGUGAAUACCAAGACAGCUCAACUCUCUACCCGUUUGCAUACAGGGUUCACACUCAUAAACUCGGUAAAGUGGUUUCUGGCUACCGCAUCCGAGAUGACAACUGGGAGGAAGUUGGCAAGAGAAACCCUCAGCUGCCUCAGAUGUUCUAUCCUGUAUCCAAUCCCGGUUCUACCAUUGAGAAGGGAGACACACUGGCCAUGAGGUGUACAUUUGAGGGUGACAAGGACAAGGACACAUACAUUGGGUCAACCACCAAAGAUGAGAUGUGCAACUUCUACAUCAUGUUCUACACAAAGAAGGAGCCAAUGCCUGAGUUUGACACCUGCAUCGACUACGACUACCACUGGGUCGACCACCUCAAGAACAUACCCGACAAGCAGGCCAGCACAUUACCUGACCCCCCAGAGAGUGAAUAAAGAUUUUGAUAUGGUGUGUGUGGGGGGGAGUGCUUGAUACCGUUUGGGGUGAAAGGUGGGUAAUGUGAAGUAUUAUGGAAGGGGGACCUAGUCACUGUUUGGGGGGGGGGAAUCUGGGGAAUAAGGUAAAGAUUUGGGUGAAUAUAUUUGGCAAUUUAGGUUGGGGAAAGGGAAAAAGGACCAGUGAAGUUUUGGAAAAAUGUGCCACCAAUUGCAAGUUAUGGCAGCUAUGAGAACUGUGCACACGGUAACAUUUUCAGCAAAAUUUUGAAAAGAUCAAAUAAUUCUUAUUUUGAAGUAUGAUUAGAAGCAAUGGGCUCUGCUUAACAAGAGAAACAAAUUGGGAAAAGGCUCUACUCAUUUGUACAUGUAAAUCAAAAUGCACUCAGAGCUGCAGAUCUUGAAACUUAUUCCAGGUGCGAAAUGGGACAGAGGGGUACCCCCCCCCACAAGUCAAAUGCCUAUACACCCCCUAGAUGUCUGAAGAGUUUCCCUGAGAUAACAGUAUAACAAUGACCAACACAAAGGCGGGGGGGGGUUGCUCUCUGUCCCAUAGUUUGCAUUAAAUGUUAAAACUAGGACGGGAAAUCCAGCUUAGAAAUGGCCGAAUAGGAACACCAAACAAAAAAAGAAUGCAUGUGUGUAGUAGCCAGUUCCUUAUUCUGCAUUCUAUUAAGGGGGCGGGAGCGGUGACCCUUCAAAUGAGGACAGAUGUGGGCAGUCUCAUGUUGCAGUCAUGUUGGUCAGAUUCCCUGAUGCUAUCCCAUUAUAGCCCGAAAGAUGCUGGUUUUGUUGGGCACCAGCCUGUUUUCAUGAACAUCAACUAAAAAAAUGAUAGCUAGGUUCAUGAAUUAUUUGUACACAGCUAUAUAUAUAUCUAUAUUUUUGUUGGCAGGUUGGGUCUGUUCGUGAUCUGUUAGAGUAUGAAACAUUGCACAUUUGUAGUAAAGUUUAGAAAGUGACUUGACUAUGAGCAAGUGUGAUAUCAAACAAGUGAACCUGCAGUACAUGUGAACACCAAUACAUACAUGCAUGUGUGUAUACUUGACAUCUGUGAAUGAGGUAAAGCCAGACCCAUGAAUUUUAGGCAAACUUGCCUUUAGCCAAGGCUUGCUAACUUUGCAGACAACUGGGAAAAAACAAGUGUAGUUUAGUUUGUAAGAAUUUGUGGUCAAAUAAACUGUACAUAAUGUAAGUUAUGAAAUAGCUAUGAUGAUCUUGCCAUAGGGGAAAAAAAACUGUGUGAAAUGUAACUUUUCAGAGACAGUGGAAAUGAUAAUCAUGAAAAUUUUAAUCAAUUUGGAUUGGGUACUUUGUUAACCGUGAAGCUCAAGACAAGAACUGAAACACUAAGACUGCUGAAAUAUGUACAUAUACAUGGAUGUUGAGGUGGCUGGGUAUAGUGUGGACUCGGCUUUCACUAGCGAUAGGCUCUAUUCUGUGACGUCUAUCGAUUGCAUUUGUCAUGUCAAAGGAUUAUACAUGCAUGGUUGGUUUAUUUGUCACCAAUAAAAUAUGCUUUGUUAGCUUCCCCGCUCCUAGUUUCCAGCGCAGUGAAUUGAGGACGAAAGUCGAACUGUGUUUUAUAUAUGACGAGGUAAAUUCGUAAUGAGGUCUAUGGUAAUCAGACACAUUCAACUGUUGCACAAACGUAUAGACCACUAUCAGUUUGGCUACAGUUGUAUGGGUGGCCAAAAUUUGCAUAAAUAUGGCCUGCUGGUGGGUUUCGGAUUUUACUUCCAAUUCAUUCAAAAUGGACACUUGUCCCAUUGAUUUUAAAUUGGGUUAAAUUUUCAUUUAGUAUUCAGUAGCACAUGUAUUUUUAUCUGGUGUUCUGACAGCUGCGUGGGAUUUUUAACACUCUGUGCAUUAUUAUUCUACUUUUAUUCCGACGGCCAACUACAGUUUUAGCAGCCACUUGUAGGAAAAUCACGACUCUGACGUCAAAAGAGCAGGCCCUAUUUUCAAGCAAACUUGACCAAAGUACCAGUGAUGUUAAGUGCUGUUGGAAUGGAUGGCAUGUGCAGUCCUGCAAUGCACAAUUGCCAUGGGAACCUGGAGAGCACACGGUCAAUACAAGAUGUAGCCAUGUUACCCAGGAUAACCCACUCCUAUUGGUAUAGACUGACCAAUCAGAUUCAAGGAUUCAAGUUUGCUUUGACAAUAAUCACCCCUGACAUCCCUGCAAAACCACAGGCACUGAUUUCAUAUUUCUAAAUGGACUCUUCCCAUGGAAAAAUUGGCUAACUUCCCAAAAUUUACUGCUUCUUUAAAAGCAUUUGAGUCAAAAUUUUUCGUAUCUCCAAACACAUACCGGUAUUUCCCGUCUUCGAAAAUCUGGCCCUUUGUCUGUGGUUAUUUCACCAAACGUGUGUUAAAAAUUUCUAAGGAAAUUUGAUAUUACAUGCCGUUCAGACAGGUAUUUGUUAUUUUGAAAUCUGGACAAUUGAAACAGUUAUUAAUGAAUACAAAAUAAUGGGAUAUAUUUUUAUUUAUUGGUGUGAUACAUGAAUAAAGAUAUAGUUUUGUAAGAAUCGGUGAGUUGAAAAUUACUGCCUCAGAAUAACGAUUUCAAAUGCUAGUGUGAUUUUUUAAAGUUAGCAAGGACAGCUGUGUGUUAACGUAAUGUGGUUUUGGUGGAAACUUGUAAUAAAUGACUGGUGUAGGUACAAUGAUGUUACAACAAAUAAA